AUGCCGCUCUUCACCGAACAUGCCUCCAGCUGGCGCGACCUAAGGGUCCUGCCGUCUUUGGCUCCCCCACUGCCUCGCUUGACACCGGCAUUCGUACCUUCUCCGGAGAGCGAAGUGGAACGAUAUGAAGUACUUAUUGUCGGGGCCGGACCCGCCGGGCUAAUGCUCCAACUACUCCUCGCAAGGUACGGAUUGACAGACGAGUCCCUUCUAUGCAUUGACUCCAAGCCGAGCACCCUCAAAUCCGGCCAGGCCGACGGGGUCCAGCCCCGCACCUUGGAGGUAUUCAAGAGCCUGGGGAUCUCCGAGGAGAUCGAGCGGGAGGCAUGCCAGAUGUGGGAGUUUGCGUUCUGGAACCAGACCGAGAGUCCCGGCAACAACCAGAGCAUCCAACGACAGACCGUCGUACCCCAGGUGAUCCCGCCGGCCCGGUUUCCCUACGAAGCCACCAUCCAUCAGGGCCGCAUCGAGCGCAUCAUGGACCAGGACCUGCUGCGCUACUCGCAGCGCGGGGUGCUGCGCAACACUAGGCUCGUGUCGUUGGAGAUAGAUGAGCAAGGCGACGCGGAGUUUCCCGUGUUGGUGCAGAUCGAGGUCAAUGGCGCCCAGCGACAGACCCUUCGGACGAAGCACCUGGUCGGGGCGGACGGGGCGCAUUCCAUGGUCCGCAAGGCGGUAGGUCUGCACCUCGAAGGCCAGUCGCUCGACCACAUCUGGGGCGUGGUGGAUCUCGUGGUUGACACGGAUUUCCCGGAUAUCCGUCGGCGUUGUGCGAUUCACUCCCGGGCCGGUUCCGUCAUGGUCAUCCCUCGCGAGCGCAUCUGUACGGGCGAAUAUAUCACUCGCAUUUAUGUGCAGGUCCCGGGUCUAGUGGAUCCGGAGAGGAAGGAAGCGGAUGCGGACCUUGGGGAGGGUGCAAGGGGGCGACGGUCGCAGGUUACGCUGGAAGGGAUCUUGAAACAGAUUGAAGACGUGUUCCAGCCGUACUAUAUCCGGCCUAAGAGGGCCGAUGCGAUUGAUUGGUGGGCUGCGUACCAGAUUGGGCAGAGGGUCUGUCCUGAGUUUAUUGUGAAGGAUGCUACUGGGGUUGGUAGGGUGUUCAUCGUCGGUGACGCUUGCCAUACACACAGCCCGAAGGCCGGCCAAGGCAUGAAUGUGUCAAUGAUGGACUCAUACAACCUGGCAUGGAAGCUCGCUUAUCACGUCAACGGCCUCACCCCGUCUACAUUAGGGAAUGCGCUACUCAACACCUACCACAUCGAACGCCACGCCAACGCCCAACAACUAAUCGACUUCGACAGAAAGUUCUCCACCGGCUUUUCGGAUAAAGUGGGCACGGCUGAGUCUAAAUCCGGCAUCUCUCACGCCGAAUUCGUUGACAUGUUCAGCGCUGGUUGUGAGUUUACCAGCGGCUGCGGCGUAGAGUAUGUGGAGAAUCUGGCCGUAGACAGAACGCCUUCGACCGGCACCACGAGGCCCGUCGUCAGCGGCCACGACUACCUGUCCGGGAUUCUCCGGCCUGGGCGCCGCUUGCUCAAUGUCAAGAUGAAGCGAUUUGCGGACGGAGCGCACCGGGAUAUCCAUGACGACUUGGGAUCCACCGGGCGCUUCCGCAUCCUGUCCUUCCUCUCCGUUGACCUGCUAGACGCGAACGGCGUAUCUGCAAUUGCGCUAAAGGACGUAACGGGUCUGGCUCAGCAGUUUCCCCCGUCGCUGCUUGAGCAGAUUGUGGUGUAUCCCGAGUUGCCGGGUGCGGUAUCCUGGGCUAAUAUUCCGGCGUGUGUGAAGGAGUACGCAGAGAUGUCGUUCUAUAGUGGUUAUGCGGUGGACGAUGCGUAUGGGAUCUAUGGUGUUGAUCCUGCGCAGGGUGCGCUCGUGGUGGUGCGGCCGGAUGGGUACGUGGGGAUGGUUGCGCCGUUGGGCGAGGUUGCUCGGGUUGAUGGGUAUUUGGGCGGGAUUAUGACGCGAGUUGCUUAG